AUGGGCAACUUCAAACGUAUAGACAAUGGGAGACGGAUGAAAGACGAUAUCAGUCCGCAUGAGUACUUAUUAUCAAAGACUGCGGGUCAGCUACCAGCGGAUAACACCCUCCAUGAGAAAAACAACAGACAAAUAGGAUUCGCUACCAUCGCUACUGAAGAAGACAGGUCUUUUGGCCGGGGAUCCAUUCGUUCGUAA